AACAUGACAAUGUUUUGAUGCAAUAUGGAUGCCGUUUAGCAGAUGACCCUUCAGGAAGGCAAAGACAUAAACAUUUAUUACUGUCUGACAUUUUUGUACAGGUUGAUAAGCGCCAUAUGACUGGGACAUACCAAAGUUAUUUCCGAAAUCGUUCGUCAUCGUUAUCAAUCGAGUAUCAGCACCAUUCCAGUCAGUUAUCUGCCAUUAUUAAUUCUAUGAAAUCGUUUACGUAAGUUAUUUCUCGCCCCCGUAUCCAUCUCCUGCUAUGUUCAUCCCUUUUCUCGCCAAACCACCUGCUGACUAGCACUGUGGCGGCCAAUUCUCGUCAAUUUCAGUUAAUUGCCUGAUUUAGUUGCUAAUUUCAAUAAUCAAGCCGCUAUUGUUUCAUUUAUUUGGGCCACAGUUAAUUGAUACAGCCACCACAACACACGCCGGAACUGAUUUUCAUGGACACAAAAGGCGAUGUGGGUUGCUAAAAGAAUAUAUUGCGGUCUCGUAAACGAUCGCGAAACAGAAGGUCCGUAAUCACAAAGAGGGCAAGGUGGUAGAAGAAGCCGGGACCAGAAGCUUGCCUUGAUUACACACUGUAAGUUUUAACGGACACGUCAGCUGCAACCUUUAAAGAUGAGGAUAUCAAGUUGUGUCUUACUAGCAGUGUUCUGCUGUCAUUUGUUACUAAUCAGCGCAAAGCCAUUGGACGACGAAAAUAAAGAAGCCGACGACAGUGAUAUGCCCGAAUUCACUGAAGGUAAAUUUGCAAGAUCCGUCAGUGCGGAGAAGCCACAGUAUUGGAAAGGACGUUUCUCUGAUAUGAAGGAAGAAGUCCUUAAGGAUCCUCAGUACUGGAAAGGCCGUUUUUCGGACCCUCAAUAUUGGAAGGGCCGGUUUAGUGAUCCGCAAUAUUGGAAGGGCCGUUUCUCGGAUGUUAACAAGAGGGAGCCCCAAUAUUGGAAGGGCCGAUUUAGUAGAGAAGAAGAAGGUGAACAACAGGUACGGGCCUUGGCUCCUGGUCGCUUUGGAAGGAACUUCCAAGGCCGCUUUGGAAGAAAUCUUCAAGGUCGCUUCGGACGUGACAUGCAAGGUCGCUUCGGUCGUGAAGACAUGCAAGGGCGCUUUGGAAGAGAGGAUGAUUUGCAGGGACGCUUUGGAAGGGAGGAGGACGCUCUGCAAGGCCGUUUUGGGCGCGAAGAGGAUUCCCAAGGCCGUUUUGGACGGGAGGAAGAGCAAGGCAGGUUUGGUCGUGACUUCAUGCAGGGAAGAUUCGGACGAGAAGAGGAGGACCAAGGUCGCUUUGGCCGUGAAGAGGAGAUGCAAGGUCGUUUCGGACGCGAAGAAGACUUUCAAGGACGGUUUGGACGCGAAGAAGAAAUGCAGGGACGCUUUGGGAGGGACGAAAUUGCGGAGGAUGAAGACCAGGGGCGGUUUGGUCGUGAGGAAGAUGAUCUCCUUGCAGAGUUAGAGAAUAAACUGCUGGAUGAAACCUAUGACACCAAACGCGAAAUCGCCACAAGCAGUUUAGAAGAAUCCAACGCCGAGAGUACAGAAUCUUAACAACAAAAUUAAUUGGUAAGUCUUUGGUAUUCAAGGAUGUAUUU